AUGGCAACUCAGACAAUCACAAUAAAUGACCAUAUCAAGUCGAAACCGAUACGAGAUGAUUGGUUUUAUCCGGACGAUUUUGCAAACGACCUGAAAGGUACCGAUCUUUCAGACAAGUUUAUCCAUGAGACAAUUAAUGCGGCCUGGGAGUAUGCUAGAUGUGUGAUCCCCAAUUUUACCAAUUGGGACCGAUAUGUUGCUUUCAUCCGUACACUCGAGAUUGCGGUUAUUGCUGAGUUUCGUGGUGAUCUUGUCGACCCUGCUAGCGAUGAUGUACUCGGAUUCAACAUCCCAGAACUUUUGGAUAUUCUUUAUGGUGCAACUGCAGGUCGUGAAGAGAUGGAACGUGAAUUUCGGACUUUCCUCAUAUUCACCUCGGAAAAGGCCAGCGAUAAAUGCACCUCGGAUUUGUUCCGUCGAUACGUGAAUGCACUAGCUUCGUCGCCAAAGAACUGGUUCAGGAUCCGAGACUGUGAUGCCCUGGCUCGCUUCACUUUGGCUGGCGCACUGGUAUGCUGUGAUAUCGAUGACGUUUGGUUUCGAGAAGACGAAUUUCAGAUCCUCAGCGAAAUCGCCGAUACCCUUUAUGACGCUGUUGCCUUUUACAAGCACCGUGCGGAGGGAGAAACACAUAGCACUUUCGCCUACAUCGACCCGGAACUCCGAAGGGAGAGCUUCCACGUGUGCCGUACGCUUUUGUGGCGCCUUGAAGUCGCCUGGGCACGCGAUGUUAAGUUUCUAGCUGUGCUCAACUUCAUUCGAUGGUUUGGCGGUCCGAUUCAUAUGACGACGAGACGUUACCGUUUUGUCGAUGAUGGCCUUACGUUAGGCACGCCCGAGACUGAAGAAGUCAUUCUCCAGACUCGCCAGAAUUUCAAGCUCUGGAACCGGGUGGACGCUAGUGUAAAGAAGCAGGAUACGAUUACGGAGGAGUUACCGAGAAAGCUUCAUUCGAACACCGUGGUCCACAAAGAAUUUUUGAUCGACGGACUUGCCGAAAUGCUGGAGAUCGACGAGAGUCAACAUUGCAAUAGCUGUCAAUAUCGCCCUUCGUACGGCGCCGAUUCUCCUGGUCAGUUUGGAGGCGUCAGACUCUGUGGUGGGUGUAGAACAGAGUGGUCGGAUUACGCCAAAUCAUUGCCAGCCCGCGCCGAGAAGGUUUUUCCUGUGCUCUCGUCUGCUAAGCAGGCUGGUACUACCAAAUAG